GAGGAAGCGAUCUCGCCAUCUUUCAAAUAGUUCCUCAAGGGUGACUCUAUACUCUCGCUUCAUUGAGAUGGAUUAUGAAGCAGCUUAUCAAAGUACUUGUCUCUACCUAGGGCUUGAGGAAGCCGACAAAACUGAGGAGGAGGCAACUCCUGCACCUAUCCUGCACCUACUCCGCUCUGCCAUCACUCUCAGCUGGAUCAGCUGGUGGAGCGAUUUGACCAAUGGGAGCUUCGCUUCGAGGUGUAUGUUGCUGUGUAGGAGCAACAAUAUACUUAGGACAUUAUUUGCCUGCAGCACCAGCAUGACUAGGAUAAGCGAUUUUUAUAUAGCACCGGAUGUCCUUUUCAUCUCUAGUUCAGAGCAAGAUCGAAGUUUUUGGCUUUUUUUGAAUAUGAAGCAUCAGGAUGAGAUGCUAAAGAACAUGCAGAUGAAACUUGAUAAUUUGUUGGAGCAAAUGAGCUUUGUGAAAGAUCAUUCUCCAUCAUCAGGCUGCAACUUUCCGUUAAAAAAUGAGCAGAUCACUAUUGCAGAAAUGCUGAAGAAAAAUGAAGCUAUAUUCUUCCAUGGAAGUAGUCGAGUUGCUCAUUUCAACCAAGAUGAUGGCAUUCUUCCUAACUGUCAUAACCAAUCCAUUAAAGCAAAGGAUGUUUGCAUGACUGAGCCGAGCAAAGAAAGAUUGAUCGAGAAGAAUUAUGAGAUAGUAACUGAGCAAGAGGAACGUCGAAUGUCUGAUCUAUCUGAUUUUUCGAGUGUUGCAUCUUCUGUAGAUACUCAGGUGAGCCGACUAAAACAGCUGAGCACAUUGGCAGCCGAACAGGAGCUUUACAAUCUUAGAAAGGAAUGUGAAGAGAAGGACGACACCAUUAAGGAACUGACAACUGCUGCUCAUGUUUCCAAUGUUACCUACUCUAAGAGGAUUACAGAACUGGAAGAGGUUAUAAGAAGAAAGAACAUGAUAAUCACAAAGUUAAAAAAGGAUAUGCUGGUUUUAGAUCAACAGAUUGUCAAAUUCACGAGGCUUCGAAGACCAUCAUAUAGGGCCUCUACACAGUCAACCACUUAUCAUCUACCGCUUAUGACUGACAAUAUUCUCUACGAUAUGAGCAGCACUAGCCCUUCAUCUUCAGACUCUGAUUCUCCUCAGAAGGGUGGUGUGAAUCUUUCAUGUAUUCCAACUAAUGAAAUUCUUCAUAAGCUUGAUAUAACAAAGUUUAUGGGCUCUUCUGUCUCAACGCUACAGAAAGCAAUGAGCCCUUUCAAGGAAAAUUGUGUGAGCAUGAAAGAUGAAGCAAAUGCUUCGGUAAGACCAAGGAAGAUUGCUUCAUCUAUCACAGAUCAGAAAAAGUAUCGAAGGAGAAACUUGCAGGAAGAGAAGAUGAUGACUGCGGCGAAGAAAUGGGUUUAG